AUGCUGCAUACAACGGAUCCUCAUAAUUCAGUCCGUCUUUCUAGUGGACAUCAAUUUAACAUGGAAGUUGAACAAGCUCCUGCGACUGAAAGUGUAGAUGCAACUGUAUGCGUUAAAAUGGAAGAAGGCGAAGAAAUGUACUUGUCUGGUGAUUCGAUAUUCGGAGCUACGAUGCUAGAUGGUUCGGUUGUCCCGUGGAGUGAUGAUAACGGUAUGAGGAACAGUGAUAACCCAGGCUACUCACGCCAUAUGACAAUACACAGUGGGGUAACAUACAGCAUUGCCUGUUCCAGGGGUCGGACAACUCCACUUUCACCAGUAACUGUGAAUGUACUUAAGUCUAGUCCAUCUCCGGGCGCUUCCGAUCGCCAAGCAGAGACUACUCCCGGGGUUGAACCGAACUCUGGAAGCAUUAUUGACUCGACCGCUGGUCAAACACCCAUAACUGAAUUUCCCAUGUCAACAGAAGAUGAACAGUUUGAUACAAGUUUUGAUGCCAUGAUGAAUUCAAUCGAUAUAACAACAUUCCUUCCUGGCACAUUUUCAACUGCCGAGGACCAACUAGUCGUCGAUUCAAAUCCUCCCAAACUGUCAUCACCACCCGGGCUGGAUCCGAUCGAUGAGGAAUCUUUCGAUUUCCCACAGCUGAUUACUUACAGUAACUGCUCUGAGUGCGUUAAGGACGUUUGUGGUAUGCCCCACAAUCGCACCUCACGUCCCUCGUCCGCAUCUUCAUCGUCGUUCUCGGCAACCUCGUCCGCCACUCAUUCAGUCUAUGCCGUUUCGCCACUAACAGAUUUGGAUGCGCUGGACAAAUCAAGCCUGUUCAUGAUCAAACCGGAGUGGCCCAUUGUUGCUUAA